AUGCCCGACUACGUCAAGGUCUUCACCAUCAAGGGCGGGGAUGGACAAGAGCGACGCAUGGAAUUACCGCUCCAACUCGACGUGGAUCGCCCGAAACGCCCGAGGACCACAUUUCAUGCUGAUCAGCUACAGGCGCUUGAGAUGGCUUUUCAGACGGCUACCCAAACGCCGAAAAACGCGCUCGACUCGCUAAAGAGUUGCGCCUUUCCGACACUCAGG